AUGCUCCUGAAACGUCGACCCAAUGGGCUACAGCAAUCCAAAAGCUCAUUACCUCUCAAACGCAAACGAAUCGUCGUUGAUAAUGUAAGCGACGAUAGCAGUAGUGACACUGCCUACGAGGAUGACCAAGAUUUCGAUGGCGAAGACUAUGAUUCCGACGGUUACCCGAUUCCAAAGAAGAAGGAUAAACGAGAAGUGGCCAAACGAGCUGCGUUAGCAGAGCUCGCUACCCAUAACAACAGAGAACUUCCUCCACCAUUACCAAAAGACUAUAAUCCAUUGAAAGUUCUAAAGUCCAAGUUCAAAGUCCCUUUCAAAGUCGACGCGGUUGACACCACACAGUCGUUAGUACCAACCACGCGAACGCUAGGAGUGCGAAGGCGAUUACAUAUUGCGGCCAGAGCUUUACAUGACUGGACAGCGGAUGGAUCCAUCAUUCUUUAUGAUCCAGAAAAGGACGAUCCUAAAAGUGAGAACAGCACACCAGAAGAGGAACCGCCUCAAGAGACGCCGAAGACGAUACAUCAUUCGAAAGCUGGAAAGUCACUUGCAGAGUUGCUAGGUACAAAGAAAUUAGAGCAUAAACGAGGUCAUGUUGUAGUUGACCCAGUACUUGCGAAAGUACUGAGACCACAUCAAAUUGACGGCGUAAAGUUCUUGUACCGCUGCACAACCGGAAAGAUCCAUCCAAACGCCUAUGGGUGCAUUAUGGCAGACGAGAUGGGUUUAGGAAAGACUCUUCAAUGCAUUGCUCUUAUGUGGACACUAUUACGACAAUCAGGUGAUAUUGGAAAGCCAACGAUUGAAAAAGCCAUUAUUGUUUGUCCCUCGAGUCUGGUGCGUAACUGGGCAAAUGAACUGGUCAAAUGGCUGGGCCCUAAUCGUAUUCGGCCACUAGCCAUUGACGGCAAAGGCACAAAGGAGAAGGUCACUGCUGACAUGAAGCAAUGGGGUUCUGCACAAGGACGAAUGGUGGUCAAUCCAGUUCUCAUCAUCUCGUACGAGACCCUCAGGUCAUACUGUCCGGUUCUUAAAAACUGCCAGAUUGGUCUAUUGCUCUGUGACGAAGGCCAUCGAUUGAAAAACGGAAAUUCAUUAACUUUUCAGGGUCUCAACUCGCUACAAGUACAGCGAAGAGUGAUCUUAUCUGGAACGCCCAUUCAAAACGACUUAAGCGAGUAUUUUUCGUUACUGAACUUUGCCAAUCCAGGCUUGCUAGGAACGCCGAACGAGUUCCGUAAAAACUAUGAAAUCCCAAUCUUAAGAGGAAGAGAUGCAGAUGCUACUCAAAAAGAUCACGAAACUAGUGACCAAAAGCUGAGCGAGCUAUGGGGCAUUGUCUCCAAAUUCAUCAUCCGACGCACGAACGACAUUCUAUCCAAAUACUUGCCGGUCAAAUUUGAACAUGUCGUAUUUUGCAAACUCUCACCACUGCAGCUUGACCUCUAUAAUGUAUUUAUUACGUCAAAGGCCAUGCAAAAGCUUUUACGCGGACAAGGCAGCCAACCGCUCAAGGCCAUCACAAUGUUGAAGAAGCUAGUCAACCAUCCAGAUCUCUUAAACUUGCCAGAAGAAAUAAGAGGUAGCGAGGAUGUACUGCCAGAUAGUUACCAGACUCAGGGACGACAUCGUAUCAUAUCACCGGAAUUCUCAGGAAAGAUGAUGGUCUUGGAUAGGAUGCUAGGGAAAAUCAACAAGGAGACGGAUGAUAAAAUUGUCAUCAUCAGUAAUUAUACACAGUCUCUUGAUCUGAUUGAAAAAUACUGCAGGCAACGAAACUACGGUUCCUUGCGACUUGACGGAUCCAUGACUAUCAACAAACGACAAAAACUGGUGGACAGAUUUAACAAUCCAGAGGGAACGGAAUUCGUGUUCCUGUUAAGUAGCAAGGCAGGAGGCUGUGGACUAAACUUGAUUGGUGCCAACAGACUUGUUCUUUUUGACCCAGACUGGAAUCCGGCAGCAGAUCAGCAGGCACUAGCUCGUGUGUGGCGAGACGGUCAAAAGAAAGAUUGUUUUAUCUACCGAUUGAUCGCUACUGGCACUAUUGAGGAAAAGAUAUUCCAGCGACAAUCACAUAAGCAAUCUUUAUCAAGCUGCGUCGUCGAUGAGGCAGCGGACACUGAAAGGCACUUCUCACUAGCGGAUCUCCGUCAGCUCUUCAUGUACAAUGGCGACACAAGCUGUGAUACGCACGAUACCUUCAAGUGUAAGCGAUGCUUAGAAGGCAAGUCGGUCCAAGACGUAGAGAGCAUGCAAUACGGAGACACGAGCUCCUGGGAUCAUUAUGACGAGAAACUCCAUGAACUUCCUGACCCAAUCCUGCAAGAAGAGGCGGGUAAAGGCAUCGUAUCGUUCGUGUUUCAAUACAUUUCGCAUUUGCGCUAAUUGAGUACGAACAAAAGCGUAUAGAAUUAGAAUAUAGAACAUCCACGCAUCCAUUCACCUGCAUAUCGAAGAUAAAUAUACCACAUUCAAAAAAAUUUAUAUAAUCUAAUAUGAGCU